AUGUACAAACAAAGGAGCUCUCAAAACUUUGAAGAUACUUUAGAUAUUACCAACUUUGACUCAGAUUCUGAAUACAAAUCUGAUGUUAAAAGUAGUAGUCUCUCUUAUCUUGAUAUUACUGAUAGUGUAAGAUUUAGAAGUAACUAUGGAUUUAAUAGCGCAAGACUGAAAAAUUGGAAUACUAGCUCUAAAAAUAGGAGAUUUUAUUAA